AUGCAGCAAGUGUCACAAUAUCUUGCUGGAGAAAGCAAUUACGUCAAAUUAUACGGUGACACUGGACCACUAGUCUACCCAGCAUCACAUGUCUACAUCUAUCGUGCUCUACACUACCUCACGAACCAAGGCCAGGACAUUCAAUCAGCCCAGUACAUCUUCAUCGGUAUUUACUUGGCAACACUGGCUCUGGUCAUGCAAUGCUAUCGCCAAGCCGGCACACCUCCGUGGGUGUUCCCACUUCUCAUAUCAAGCAAACGGCUGCACUCGAUUUUCAUGCUACGGCUCUUCAACGAUGGCUUUGCGGUGUUCUUCCUCUUUCUUGCCAUAUUCUGCUACCAGCAGCGGUCACGAUAUUGGUCAGCAGGCUCGUUAGUAUUCAGCUUUGGUCUUGGUGUGAAGAUGAGCCUACUACUUGCCCUUCCUGCAGUUGGGAUCAUACUGUGGCAAGGCAUAGGUAGAGAUCGAGCACUCAAGCAGGCCGUGCUGAUGGCACAACUACAGGUCUUGCUCGGGUAUCCAUUCCUUGCUGCAAAUCCUCAAGGCUAUCUAUCUCGCGCAUUUGAGUUCUCGCGCCAAUUUCUCUUCAAGUGGACCGUCAACUGGCGCUUCGUAGGCGAGGAAACAUUCUUGUCUCGGCCAUUUUCGAUUGCUCUGCUUGCUGCUCAUGCUACGCUACUAUCUAUCUUCUUAAUCACACGAUGGCUGAGACCCACUGGCGUAUCCACACUUGACGCUGUCAAACAGCUUCUCGACCCACCAUCCGCCGUAACCCAGGCGGAGAUCGCACGCCGUGUAACGCCCGACUUUGUUCUUACGACGAUCCUCAGCGCUAUCAUCAUCGGCUGCCUUUGUGCUCGAAGCCUGCACUACCAGUUUUAUGCAUACAUUGCAUGGUCAACACCAUUUCUGCUGUGGCGGAAAGGUGUGCACCCGAUCCUUGUCUACACGAUCUGGGGAGCACAAGAGUGGGCGUGGAACGUGUACCCAAGCACAAAUAUGAGCUCGGCUAUCGUGGUCGCCUCACUGGCGGUUGCUGUCCUCGGCUCAUGGCUUGGAACACGGUGUGAUCUGACCCAAACAGCUGCUCAGGUUGGGGCUGAGCAUAAAGAUAAAUGA